AUGUGGAAGGCACUCAGCCUCAACACCUCGCUGUCUCCGUUGGAAAGGGCUCAACUAGCAGUCUGGGAUUAUCCGGUGAACGACAAGUACACGAAUAUAUGGCGCUACAUGUUGGAAUCUGGUCUUCCGGACACGUACGAAGAGGCGGUCAAACGAGUCUUAAAGUCCAAAUCUUCGACUGAGGGAUUUGCGCUCAUCGACGCCUCAGAGGGUAAGAAGCGUUCGUCGAUCUGGGCGUAUCGAGUUACACGCUUUUCCGCAAUGUCAGAUGAUCAUUGUGCUGAAUUCUGCUGGUACAGCAUCGCUCAUCGAUUGUGCCCUGACAUUACGGACAACGAGAACAUGUUCCCGGCAUUCCUCAUCAUUCAGCUGAAGUCAACUCGAGAGAUUUUACAGCUGUUGAAUCAGCGUGAACUGGAAACGCUGAAAGAAAAUUGGUGGAACAAGAACCCGAACAAAAAGAACUGCCUGAAGCCGGAUAGCGAAUCGGACGGCAUUUCGAUCAUCAACAUCGGCGGUGUAUUCAUCGUGAUCUUGAUUGGCAUCGGCUUGUCAAUGACGACGCUGAUCUUCGAGUACUUCUACAAUCGCCAGUGGCAAAUCAAGUGUUUUCCAAGCAAACAGGACCAAAACACCAAAGUCAGCAACAUGUACCCCACCGGCAAUGGUUGCAACGUUGUCAAGUACUAA